AAACACUGAUAACUUAUCCUUUCAAAACAAGAAUUAUAAAACUAACGAAAAAACAAUAUAUGUAUAUGACGGGAGUCGCUUAUUAAAGUCUCUUCACCAGCAGUCCAGAUUUAAUCACUGCAAGAUGGUAGACUCGGUGGUUGCGGCUUAUAAAGAGGUCGCAAAAAUAGCCAUUGUUAAAGGGGCCAAGAUACUUAAUAUUGAUGAUAAUGAAGUUGCUGUGCAAGUCAGCUGGAGUGUGCGCAAUCUUGCAGCGAUGGAAAAUGCUGUCAGCAGUUGUGACUAUCUUGUUCGCGGAAAAAAGGUCACUGCCAUGCCUCCGGUGCCUAUCAACAAGAACAUACUGUUAAGCCAGAGGAGCCCCUCAGGCAAACGCCUGGCAUGUGUUGUCACCUCAGAAAAGGAAAAGGAUGAGCAACAUGUAAUGGUUGUUGAACAAGAUGGAUCUAUGUUUACCAUUGACCUCAAAACCGCCAACAAGCAUGGAAAGGUUUAUGCAGAUCCAGAAUUUUCAUGUCUGGAAUGGUCACCAGAUGAUAAGAUGAUCACAUAUGUUGCAGAGAAAAAGAGAAUCAAAGCAACAAGCUUCCUCACACCUUUUGAAGCUGAAGGGGAGGAUGGCCGUGGACAAGAGUACGUCCAUCAUAACGAGUGGGGAGAGCAGCUUGAAGGAAAACACAAGAGCGUGGUAUGCAUCCUGAAUGUAGACUCAGGAGAGCUGUCAACCCAUGACCUCCCCGACGAGCUUUGUCCUGGCCAGCUAGUGUGGGGUCCAGGGGGAAAUGGCAUCUUUGGGGUAGCCUUCGUGAGCAAACCUUACCGUCUGGGUCUCGUCUAUUGCCCCAAUAGGGAGUCCAGACUCUUUUACAUGGACUUGGAAGGCAGAUACACUCAGAUCAGCCAAGGUUUGAGCAACAUCCGCAGUCCACGUCUCAGUCCUGACGGCUCACGCAUUGCCUUCCUGCGGUCAACUGUAGGGGGACCUCAUGCCAAGUCAGCUCAGCUUUGUGUCAUGUCAUGGCCUAGCAAGGAGGUAACCCCAAGAAGAGAAAUCCCGGGCAUCCCAAAUCACUUCCGGGCAUACUGGUCAUUUGUGAAUGAAGUUCCACAUCCUGACCCCAAGUACUCGGACAUCCCUAUUUCAGUCAUCUACUAUGGUCCAACAUAUCUAGAGGAAGGUGCCCCCAAGCGUCCCUUGAUCUGCUGGCCGCAUGGAGGGCCACAUUCCACCGUGGCCAAUAUGUUCUACUUCGAACCCUCCUUCUUUGUCAAGCUGGGAUACUCCAUUGUUUUUCCCAACUACCGUGGUUCUUUAGGGUUUGGAGAGGAUGGGGUCAAUGCCCUCCCUGGCCAUGUCGGUACUGUUGAUGUGUCCGAUGUCCACCAGGCUGUCACCUCAUGUCUUGAAAGAUAUAAAGAUGUUUUGGAUCCAUCACAAGUCUUCCUCUGUGGUGGCUCACAUGGAGGCUUUUUAGUGACUCACUUAGCGGCAAAAUAUCCGGACUUUUAUAAGGCUGUCUCUGCCAGAAACCCAGUCACAAGUAUAUCUGGACUGGUGAAUGUGACUGAUAUUCCUGACUGGUCAUUUGUGGAAUCUGGCUUCCCCUUUGAGCCAAAGAAGGUUGCAGAUGCCUCUAUGCUGGCAAAAAUGCUAGAGGUCUCACCACUGUGCAAUAUUGACAAUAUUAAGACCCCAACGCUGUUCCUGGUAGGCAAGAAUGAUGCACGCGUUCCCCCCUCACAGAGCUUCCACUUCCAUAAGAUGCUGUUGGCUAGGGGAGUUGAUACUAAAUUGCUUUUGUAUGAGGACUGUCACUCACUGCGCAAGACAAACGUAGAGGCUGACUCUGUCAUCAAUACUGCUCUGUGGUUUGAGAAAUAUAGGCAAAAAUAGGUGGGCUCUUGAGCCUUCACUGAAACUGCUUUCUCAAGUAUUGGGAUUUUGUGAUAAACAGCUUUGGGAAACACCAUAUACAUAUAUGAUUCAUAUGACAUUUUACUUUUUUUUUUUUUUUUUUUUUUUUUUUUUCUUUGUUUUAAUGUAUAUAAAAAAAAAUCCUGUAUUUCAAACUCCUUUUUGUGUAAUUCUAGGGAAACAAAACACCGAUUCAGAAUUUCACAAAUUAAUUUUGGUUAUACUGGAAGAUAUAUUUUAGGAUUGGAGUUUCAUACAUUGUUGAUAAUAAAGAAUAUAUUCUUAAAA